AUGGGCACAGGCUCACAGCCAGAUUGCACCCUGGCCACACUCAGUGUCGUGAGUGGGUGGGCGGCAGUAGUCACAAAGCGAGUGUCGGUAACGAUCUGGAUUUUGCUAGGACAGGCGGGCGAAUGGGGAGCGGGCAGUGUGACGCUGAUGAGGAUUCGCUGGCGUGCGGCUGGUGUUUCGAAGGGGGCGGCCAGGGCCCUGCCUACUCUAGUGAUGCCGCUGGGUAAUCCCGCGAACCGAACGGCUGCAUCACCGCUUCGCAGACAGACGUGCGACACAACCACGAGCGCUCUAAACAUGCGCCCUCAACACAACGCAGUACGUAGACCACCAUACAUCGCCUCCUUCAACCUUCCUCAGUGUCCCCACGCCGCGCACACAGCGCUCAUUGUGGGAUCCAGCGCAGUAUCAGACGAUGGGACACCUGUGUCCGAUGGGGGCGGACAGGCUGUGAUGUCCGGACAGGCUGCUACUGGGCAGUGUGCCUGGACUGUCACCUAUGUGCAGACUGGCCAUGUGUGCGGCACCACGACUGAGACAUCUGGGAGAACUUGCCAAAUAGCAGAGAUAAUCGCCGUAUGA